AUGGAUUCGCAACAGCAAAGUAACCGCCAAGCAGCAGGUCUGCCUGUUCCCAAUAAAUUGGCGCUUCUAGAUACCUCCCGACCGCAUACUUUUUUAAAGCCGGUUAAAACGAUCAACGAAGGCCAGGAUGUGCCUCGUUUUCUCACAUCACGGGCAUAUAGCGAUAUUGGCAUCUUCCUGAUGCAGCUCAAUACAGCUAUGUGUCCAAGAAAGUCCCCCGGCUCAGCUGAAGUGCAAACAUGGCAGAUUGAUGAUACGCAAGUGCUCUCUGAGCCCGUUUGCAAGCUGCAAGAAUUAUUAGGAAAGAUAAAUUCUAUUAUCGAAGAAGCUCCGCCGGAUACAGGCCCUCGAAGAUUCGGGAAUGCCAGCUUUAAGAAAUGGUAUGAGAUUCUUGAGUCACGGGUGCGGGAUCUACUUGAGACCCAUCUUCCUAAGUGUGUCCUGGAGUUCGAUGCCAGCUCGUCAGGUGUGCCCGUGCUGGAUGAACUUACCCCAUAUCUCCUUGGGGGCUUUGGCAGUCCCCAGAGGCUAGAUUAUGGUACAGGACACGAACUCAGCUUCCUAGCAUUUCUUGGUUGCAUUUGGAAACUGGGUGGGUUUUCAACUGAAGCCUCUCACGACGGAGCUCUAGAAAGAAGUCUAGUUCUAGGCGUCAUCGAACCUUAUUUGAGAGUUGUACGUCGCCUAAUCCUCACCUAUACCCUUGAACCUGCUGGGUCACACGGAGUCUGGGGGCUCGAUGACCAUUCUUUCUUGCCAUAUAUUUUUGGCUCAGCUCAGUACUGCCCUGCAAUUACUCCAACCGACUCCAUGCCGGUUGAAGGGUCUCUACCAGGGGCUCCCAAUCCGGGAGACAUUGCAAAAAAGAAUGUCGUUGACCGAGAGAGGAAGCACAACAUGUACUUUGCAGCAGUCGGUUUCAUCAACGAUGUUAAGACAGGUCCGUUCUGGGAACACAGCCCUAUCCUGUUUGAUAUAUCUGGAGUACGGGCAGGUUGGGGCAAGAUUAACAAGGGUAUGAUCAAAAUGUAUAAUGCGGAAGUCCUGUCAAAGUUUCCAGUGGUCCAGCAUUUCCCGUUCGGGUCGCUAUUCAGUUGGGAUCAAGACCCAAAUGCACCCCAGCAGGCUUCUUCAAUCCAUACCUCCAGCCAGCCAGCAAGCCAUCAAUCUUCCAUGGGCGCACCUACUACGAACCAAUCUUCCCAAUCCACACGCGCGCCUUGGGCUACUCAGACAGCGGGCGGUGAGAGCGUUCCUUUGGCGAGUCCUAGGGGUUCGACUCAGUCUGGCUCGUCUCACCAAGGGCUUCCCCCCACGAGUGCCCCUUGGGCAACCAGCCGUGGAGCGCAACCAGCAGUUCGCGGUACAACGAAUACAAUGAUGCCUCCCCCUCCCGUGAACGCGCCAACUAGGGCACCUUGGGCAGAUAAGCGGAGCGGUGGAGGGGAUUGA